AUGAAUAUCCGUUGUGCAAAGCCCGAAGAUCUAAUGAACAUGCAGCACUGCAAUCUGCUGUGUCUGCCCGAGAACUACCAGAUGAAGUAUUACUUCUACCACGGCCUGACAUGGCCUCAGUUGAGUUAUGUCGCCGAGGACGACAAAGGCAACAUUGUUGGCUACGUGUUGGCUAAAAUGGAGGAGCCCGAGCCGGGUGAGGAGAGCAAACAUGGACAUAUCACAUCGCUGGCAGUAAAGCGAUCCUACCGUCGACUCGGUUUGGCUCAGAAAUUGAUGAACCAGGCGUCACAGGCAAUGGUGGAAUGUUUUGAUGCUCAAUACGUGUCGUUGCACGUACGAAAGAGCAACAGGGCGGCUCUGAAUCUGUACACCAACUCAUUGAAAUUCAAGAUUCUGGAAAUCGAACCCAAGUACUAUGCCGACGGAGAGGAUGCUUAUUCGAUGAGACGUGAUUUGGGUGAGAUCGCCAGGGAAUUGCACCCGGAGAAAGAGCUAGAGAGUGGUCCUAAACUUGUGUUUAAGGCCGUAUCUCCCCAUGAUCACAGCAUGCACGAUGGACACUGUUGUUGAGAGGUGGUUGACUUAGAAGUAGAAGGCGUUUUUUUUUUU